UCCCCAUCCAUGCAGGGGGAGCUUCUGCACGCCUACCUCAUGCCCUCCAGCGGCCAAGAUUUCAGCCAAAGUUUCCUCAUCGCUUUAGCUGCCAAUCUAAGACGAGUCACUGUCUACCCAGAGAAAUGUCACACGUCGCCAUUACGCCAGACAGCGGCCUUUAAUGAAUGCUACAGUUACUGUCAAGAAUUUCAGCUGCAAACGCUGGACUUGACUGGUAUAGACUUGAAGUUUGAUACCUCAGUUCUAGAGGGACUCUUGCCAAAAUGUCCCUCCCUGAGUGUUUUGAAAUUAGGAAGCAAUAGUAACAAAGCAGUUUUAGCUUUAGCCAAACAAUACUGCCCUCUAACUGUUCUUCACAUAACCGAGCGACAGCCUUGGAAUAAACAGCUCUCUUUAGAAAUGCUUAUGGAUCUAUUUUUCAAUGUGACAGAAACUGACCCUGAAAGACUAUUAGCAGAAUUUAGAAAAGGAACAAACCCCAAUAUUCAGGCAUCAUGGCCAAAUCUCAGUGAUUUGUCAACUGGAUAUUGUGCUGUUACUAGAGAGUUCUUUGUUCUUGCGUGGAUUGUUUUUAAGAAACUCAAAUAUGUUCAUAGCAGCUUGACCAACGUUAAUGCUUGUAUGGAAAAGUAUUUGCAGUUGAGAGAUAAGGUUCCAGAUCUUGGGCCCCUUGCCAUAGGAGAGUAUUUUACAUCUGCUGAAAAUGUACCAAAUGUAGUUGAAGAUUUGAUUCGGGUUACUUGUGAUAUUGAAAAUUUUAGCAUUCAUAUGUUAUCGUCUGGUCGAGAUGAAGAUCUUUAUAGGAACUUUGAAAGACUCUCCGAGGCUUCGUUAUGUCCCAAAGCAGUCAGGUUAGUGAAUAUGCGAUCCAUAUGCCAAGAUGAACCCAAAAGGGGAACCUUUUCCCUUUUUGGAAAACGAGCCAAGAAACUUCAACUCGAUGGAGCUUUGUUGGGCGCGGUGGAUAUAAAAGACCUUAGCGAACUUCUUUUGGAUUUUCCUGCUGUUGAAGAGCUGACUCUUGAAUUCAGACAUGGACUGAGCUGCAGCAGUGAAGAACUCCCUGAGCACAUCGUCUUCCCUCAAGUGACAUCAUUGGUCAUAAGACCAUCUGAGGUAAAUGCUUAUAACCAGCUUUUCCAAAUACUUCCUCACAUACAAGAACUCGUAUUCCUUAGUCCUAGUGUAAAAAUUAGGAAGCCAGCCAUCAAUUUCAAACUCCUAUCAGAACUACGUGUUCUCAAAAUUGCUGACUGGGAUUUAGUGCACUUUUCAGAUCUCCUUGAUGUGCCCAGGGAUGUUCUGUGCAGAAAGCGAUUUAAACUUCAUGGGCCAAGUGAUACAUUAUCCUGUAAAGAUAUCAAAACCCUUCUGAAUUCAGGAUGGAAUUAUUUUCCAAAAUCUAGAUCUACCUUAGAGGUAGAAACCCAGGCUAAAGCUUCCUUUCGUUGAGCGACUUACAGACAUUGAAAUACUGUACCUAGCUAAGAGUGUACAAUGUACAAGAUAUGUUGUUGGAGUCACAUUUUGUUUAAUAAUUUUUUAUCAAUAGUCUUCCUUAAAACAGAAGAUGACCGUCAGUACAAUGUUUGUUAAUCUAUUACAACUCCAAACUCUGUAUAUACUUGAAUGGUAGUUAUACAUAUUAUUGUUUUAAUUAAUCAUUCCUAGCCUUUGGCAUGAAAUAAAUUCCACUUGAAAUAACUUCAUUGUGCUUUAAAUCCGGCUGUUAUUCAUGCAAUGAUACCUUACUUAUAUAGUUCUCAUUUUGUCAGGCAGUCUAAGUCCAGCAUAGUUUCCACCUUGCAAGAUUCGCUGCGAACUUGUAAUUCCUUCACUGCAUGUGCUAGAUGAUCGCCUUAACAGGAAUUCAGACAGUUUUUGAUCAUUACUCUUGGUAUCUCUGGUGCUUAGACAGAAUAAUAUAAAGCUGUCUCGUCCAAACUACCCACGGAUGGUUUUUUCUCCUCCAUUCAAAUCGGUUCUCAAGUUUCUGUUCUCUCGUAGCUCUUUUCCUCCUAUGUAUCAGCAAUCUUCGCCUACCGACCCAUUUUGAGGGAAUUAUCUAUGAUCCAUCCAUCUAUAUAGUGUCUUUUUCCUUUUCUUCCUAGUCAUUUUCUAUCAUUCAGAUGACCCAGUAACACUCCUUCCCAUCUUGAUUCGGUGGAAGUCAGCAAUUUUCACAUGACAGAUCGGCACAGUUUUUGCCUUCACUGUGAAUCUCUGGAAUUGUUCCUCAGGCUCUGUUCUUUAGUUUACCAAUUUUCGAAAAGCAGGUCUCCACUUUUCUUGAUGAUGAUAAGUCCCUUUUUUUUCUUUUUCCUGUCCGAUAGACCUGGG